CAGGGCUGGAGGGUGCGGCUUGCUAUAGUGCUUGGGUAGGAGCAUAGUUCAGACUCCUUCCUGUCCCGUACCCUUCAGUGGAGGUCUGCGUUCUGCUGUGGGUAUGUGAGUGAACACGGAGCGUAGAACAUCGCAUUUGCUGUGUAUAAAACUACCUGCUGCUAUUGGCCUCCCAUCCGGCCGUUCUAUCCUUGCUUUUAUAACCCCAGUCCUGCUGAAAAGCAUGCGGGCCUAGUAACUGCAUCCUUGCACUACAAGGUUAAAGGUCAAAAACUGGUCCAAAGGCAGCUGAAGUGGUUACACUUGUUUUGCAAGAAAAUUAAAUCAGGUUUACGCAAUGUCCGUGCUGUUUUCCCGUCCAGCAAUAAAAGUCACCACAAAAAAAGACAAAAGAUUCAUGGCUGAAGUUACUGCUUCCCCUCUUAAGCACUUUGUUACUGCUAAGAAGAAAAUCAAUGGUAUUUUUGACCAGCUUGGUGCCUACACCCAGGAGAGCUACAACUUUCUCGAAGAAACAUACAAGAAUGCAGAGUUGGAUCCAGUUGCCUCAGAAGAGCAGGUGCUUGAAGUUAAGUGCUAUCUGACCAAUGUUGCUGGCAUCAGUGAAGUUUUAGCCCGACGGCACAUGAAAGUGGCCUUUUUUGGCAGGACUAGCAAUGGAAAAAGUAGUGUGAUUAAUGCAAUGCUAUGGGACAAAGUCCUUCCUUCUGGCAUCGGACACACUACCAACUGCUUUCUGCGAGUUGAAGGGACAGAUGGCAAUGAUGCUUAUCUACUUACUGAUGGUUCAGAGGAGAAAAGGAGUGUAAAGACUGUAAACCAGCUUGCCCACGCUCUGCAUCAAGAUGACCUACUAGAUUCUGGCUGUAUGGUCAGUGUUAUGUGGCCUAAUUCUAAAUGUCCUCUUUUAAAGGAUGACCUUGUGUUGAUGGACAGCCCUGGCAUUGAUGUAACCACAGAGUUGGAUAGCUGGAUAGAUAAGUUCUGCCUUGAUGCUGAUGUGUUUGUGUUGGUUGCAAACUCAGAGUCUACAUUAAUGCAGACAGAAAAGCAGUUUUUCCACAAGGUUAAUGAGAGGCUAUCUCGACCAAAUAUCUUCAUCCUGAACAAUCGAUGGGAUGCUUCUGCCUCAGAGCCAGAAUAUAUGGAAGAGGUACGUCGCCAGCACAUGGAACGUUGCACCAGUUUUUUAGUCGAUGAACUGGGAGUGCUUGAUCGAACCCAAGCUGGAGAUCGUAUAUUCUUUGUGUCAGCCAAAGAAGUUUUGAAUGCCAGAAUACAGAAAGCUCAGGGAAUGCCUGAAGGAGGUGGAGCUUUAGCUGAGGGCUUUCAAGCUAGAAUGUUUGAAUUCCAGAAUUUUGAGAGAAGAUUUGAGGAGUGCAUUUCACAGUCUGCUGUUAAGACCAAAUUUGAGCAGCAUACGAAGAGAGCCAAGCAUAUUGCUGAAGUUUUGCGACAAAUAAUGGAGUCUGUCCAUGUUGCUGCCCAAGAGCAGAGAUGCUUAUGUUUGGAAAAAUGUGAGGAGUUUAAGGAUCGUUUGGAAUUUAUUGAGAAACAACUGGAGCUUCUGACAGAGGAUUACAGAUUUAAAAUCAAACUCAUCACUGAUGAAGUGGAAAGACAGGUCUCCAAUGCAAUGGCUGAAGAGAUUCGCAGACUUUCUGUUUUGGUUGAUGAGUUUCAGUUGGAUUUUCACCCUUCGCCAGUGGUCCUUAAAGUCUACAAGAAUGAACUUCACCGACAUAUUGAAGAAGGUCUUGGAAGGAACUUGUCAGAUCGUUGCUCUAGUGUGAUUUCCGUUUCACUGCAAACCACUCAGCAGGAGAUGAUAGAAGGAAUGAUGCCUCUUUUGCCACCUACUGCAAGAACCCAAAUGGAUUUAUUGGUUCCCCGGCAAUGCUUUAAUCUCAGCUAUGACUUGAGCUGUGAUAAAUUAUGUGCAGAUUUUCAGGAAGAUGUGGAAUUUCACUUUUCUCUGGGCUGGACAAUGCUAGUGAACAGAUUCUUGGGGCCCAAAAAUGGACGACGAGCUUUGAUGGCCUACAAUGAUCAGGUACCUCGUGUGAUGCCUUUGACCCCAGUAAACCCCAGUAUGCCACCAAUGCCACAAGGCUCUAUGACACAGGAAGAACUUAUGGUUUCCAUGGUAACUGGACUAGCUUCGUUAACAUCCCGUACUUCCAUGGGAAUACUUGUGGUAGGAGGAGUAGUUUGGAAAGCAGUGGGUUGGAGGCUCAUUGCACUCUCUUUUGGCCUUUAUGGACUUCUAUAUGUAUAUGAGCGCCUUACUUGGACUAAUAAAGCAAAGGAAAGGGCCUUCAAACGACAGUUUGUGGACUAUGCUGCAGAGAAGCUGCAGCUAAUUGUCAGCUACACUGGUUCCAAUUGCAGCCACCAAGUUCAGCAAGAGCUCUCCAGUACAUUUGCUCACUUGUGCCAGCAGGUAGAUGUGACUAGAGAAAAUCUGGAACAAGAUAUUGAUGUUUUGAAUAAAAAGAUUGAAAUCCUGGACAGUCUACAGAGUAAAGCAAAACUCUUAAGGAAUAAAGCUGGCUGGCUGGAUAGUGAGCUAAAUAUGUUUACACAUCAGUACCUACAACAGAGUUGAUAUUGUUAUUACAACAGCACAGAGGGCAGAAAAUGUCCUUUUCACAUACCCUGUGUAAACACUGCAGUGAUCCCAUUAAGUUUUUUUCUAUACUUAAGAUAGGACGUUUCCUAGCUACAGUUUUUUCACAACGGCUUUAAGAAAUGUUAUGUUAAGAUCGCUGUCAUUUCUUGUUUGUUUUCUGUAUUUUUCUGCUGUAAGUCCCUAAAAGCUGCUGUGUGCCAUGGUAGAGAUGAGUCUAAGAAGGCAUGUAAGUUAUUAAUUUGUUGCUUUGCAUCUGCCGUAUAUUCGCUUAUCAUUUGCAACAGAGGAUCUCAAAGCACAUGCAGAAAUAAACCUGUGGAAUAUGUGAGAAAUGUGGAGGUUCAUCCCCCAUUCUGUCAGCAUAGAAAGUACCUUAUUCGGUAACUUAGAUGUUUUUAGACAAUUUGUUUUGCAGAGUGUGAUUAAUUUCCCCAGAGUAUCACAGAACAGUGGCUUUGUUAGUGUAUUCUUAGUACAUAUAUUUAAGCACUUCUAAAACCACAUUAUAUAUGCUCUUCUCAUGUUGUGGCCGGCACAAAAAGGGCUACACUAAAAUUUGAAUGUGUGUGAAUGGUGUUCUUGUUUGUAGUUAUGGAUGGUUAGUGUGCAUUGCAUCCAGUAUUGCUUUUUCUAGAUUUGUGUAGUUUACCAAACAAUGUACAAUCUAUAGCUGGCAAAACAUAGGCAUUUUGUUCUGUUUGGCCUAAUGGUUUGUUCUAGCUCCAAACACACUCACCGACAACUGCCUGAGCAGAAUCCAUUUUGGAUUAAACAUGUAUUUAUUAUUUGCCCAGUGACCACAUUGGCUGUUAAAUAUAGUAAUUGGUUAUUUUCAUAUUCUGCACUGGACUUGUAGAAAUAUCCAAGCAGCUCUGAUCUCAUAGGCUAGUAUGGAUCCACACAAAUACAUUUUGGCACAACUGACCAUGGAUCCGGCUCUCUGGAUCUUAUUAUGUGGCCAGCUAAAACCAGAUGUACAUAUUAAAACAUAAUGACUAGAUAUUUCUAGUAGCAGUAAGCAGACACAACGACUGUAAAUGCCAAAUCCAGAAAAAAUGCAAAUACCUGGGACUAUUUAUUUAGAAUGGUUUAAUAUGUGUAUCUUAAUAGUCAGGUCCCUGUAGUAUCAGUAUCAACUUGUCAGUAAAUUGUAGGGGCAUGCUUCUUAAAAGGUCUCAUAGCUAUAAACCUUGUUAAUUCCCUGUAUCUUUAUGAUACUAAUCCACCCAGCAAUCUGGUUCAAGUGCAGAGGUUAUGUUGAUCAUUGGUAGCAGCUGUUAAUGGGUUACAAUAAAAUGUGAUGGACUUAAAGGGGAACAAUCGUGAAAAUUUAAUAUAAGCUUUGGCAUACUGAAAUAAGAAACUUUGUAAAUGCAAUCAGUUAAAUAUUCUGUAUUGUUUCUGAAAUAAUCAAGUUUAUUUAUUAUUCCUCUGUUUCUCUUGAUUCUCUCUUCAUGCAGCAGUUGGGUGUCAGAUAUUCAUUGACAGUUAGAACUGGGGGGGGGUCCUUUCCUAGCAGUUUUAGAGCUCAUUCAGAUAACUAAUUCCAUUACAAAUAAAAUCUAACUGCCUUUUGCACACAUCCUGAAUGUAGAAAGACAGGAUUUCUAGUGAUAUUUUUAGUGAAUUCUAACACAUCUUCUCGGCAAAAGGAACCCCCCUAUAAGAUAUAAUGGAUCUAACUGUCAACUCCUGCAUGAAGAAAGAACAAUGGGAAAUAGAUACUGAGAGAGGAAUAUUGAAGAUAAAUAAAUUUGAUCAUUUCAGAAACGGUACAGAAUAUUUAACUUGUAAUUAGAAAGUUCCCCUUUAAGAAAAGGAGACAUUUGCCUUAUCUGCCUGAUGCCCGAGGCAUUACAUCCUACUGUGCCUUUUCUGUUUUUAAAAUCUACUUCCAGUGAUCUGAGUAUUUCCUUUGACAUGAUGCUGUAAAAAAAUAAAAAAAUAAAUAAAAUAUGCUACCAUGUCCUCCUCGGUUCAGUGCCUGAACUCUCUUCCAAAAUCAGAUCAUUGAGUACACUUAAGUCUUAGUUCAUGGAGCUGUUAACAGAUGUGAAGAAAAAGAAGGAAAGUUAAAAUUUAAACAGACAGUGGUGGUUUCGGGGAAAAAAAACUUAUGAAAAUAAUGGCAAAUGUAAAUGCACUUAAUGCUAAUGAUCUGAUAAUUCACUACUAUAUUUGCUGCUUUAGUAUCUGUUUGGCUCUGUUCUUAAUAUUUCCUGUUUGUCAGAAGCAGAUCAUUUAUACUUGAAAGACAAUCUUCAAAAUCUCUUUGAUGCUAGUUAAAUGCACUUUAUUAUAUAGAUCAUCAUUGUACUUAACUUAUUGUUUUUGUUACAGGCCGUAUGUGAAAUUGACUUACAGUAUUUUCUCCUCUGUAUUUAUUGUAACAAAAUGUAACGUGCAUGUCUUCUGUGCCACUUCAAAAUAAUAAAAAAAUAUUCUUAACA